GAGACUUUGCUGGCCGUCGAUACUUACGAAUCUAUCUUCUCAACAACAACAACAACAACAACAACCACUACUUAAUUCACCAACAUGCCGAGCGUAUCAACAAUCCUCAAGGGCCUCUUCGUCCUGGCGCCUCUCGCGGCUGCCGCUCCCGCUCACCUUCAUGCUCGUCAGGAGGCCUCCUCUUCAGCAGCUUCCUCUGCAGCUUCCUCUGCAGCCUCUUCUGCAGCCUCUUCUACGGCGUCAGGAACAUCGGCUGCACCAGCAGCGAUGGCGACCUUGAGCGAUGUCGAUAUUCUUCAAUUUGCUCUGACCGCUGAGCACCUUGAGUCGACAUUCUACAAGCAGGGGUUCGCGAAGUUUCCCAUGAGCGACUUCCAGGCUCUUGGUCUCACCGAUGGCCAGAUCAAGUCCCUCAUGGGCGUUGGUCAGACUGAGGCUACUCACGUCACCACCUUAAUGGCUGCCAUCACCGGCGCCGGCGCCAAGCCCGUCGAGCCCUGCGACUACAACUUCGACGCUGCGCUCGCCAGCGCCGACUCCAUGGUCAAAACCGCCCGUGUCCUCGAGGCCGUCGGUGUCUCCGCCUACCUCGGUGCCGCACCCAUGGUCAACUCCUCCGACGUCCUCGCUGCCGCUGCAUCUAUCGUCACCGUCGAGGCUCGUCACCAGGCUUUCAUCCGUGUCGCUUCUGGCGCUGAGCCCGUUCCUGCUGCCUUCGAUACUUCCCUUCAGCCCCGUGCCGUCUUCACCCUGGCUGCCCAGUUCAUCAAGUCUUGCCCCCAGGGCUCCAACCUGAACAUCCAGGCCUUCCCCGCCAUCGCCCUUCAGAACCCAGAGCAGGCUACUGUUGGUCAGAACCUUAAGCUUGCUGACCCUGCGUCGCCUGCUGGUGCUUCCUUCUGCGCUUUCGUUGCUCCUGGUGGCAACCAGUUCUCUCAGAUCAAGGACGGCAACUGCAUGGUCCCGCAGAACCUGCAGGGUGAAGUCUACAUGAUGAUCACCAAGUCCGAGUCUGUCGCCGACGACCAGGUGCUCGCCGGUCCCUCCGUCAUCCAGCCCUCGUAGAUGACUUGACCGAACGGAGCAUAGCUCAGC